CGCCCAUCCAAACGAACGAGAACACGACGACCGGAGGCGACGUCGUGAGGGUCCAUCCAUUCCGCUGCGACGGCUCUCCUCAGCCGUCCGCUGCGUCUCGACGCAAUUUGUGGGGGCGGUCCCGCACCCGGAAACAAGCAAAAACCUACAGUCACUUGUCUAUUCCCAUUUCCUAAUAAAUGAGCGACCGAGCGAUCGAUGAUGGCCCAAAAACACACAAACAAGAAACGGUACUAAGAGAAAGCAAUCUCACACUACUGAGAGAAGCGGAAGCGGCGGAGAGGUUGAAAGAAGAAGAAGAAAAAAUGCUGUGCUCUUCGUCUCCUAUCCUCCUCCCCAAAUCAUCUUCGCCACACUCCUCCACUGCUAAAGAGGGGUCUUCUAAUCCUGGACUCACUCAACUACAGUCGAUUAGCAAUAGAUCUGUAAGGUUUCCAGUUCAUCGUUCCGUUCAUUCUCCUUGUAGUUUUUCGGCAAAUAAGAAGGUUGAACAUGGCUUUGCGACCGCAAGCGUGUUGAAAGACAGCUCAACUAUGGUUGUUGUUGAGGAAGAAAUCCAACAUCUUGGAAUAUUCGACGUGGAUCCGUCCUUGGGACAAUUUAAAGAUCAUUUUGUGUAUAGAUGGAAUAAAUACAUCGAGCAAAAAUCACUGAUCGAGAAGUAUGAAGGAAGUCUCGAGGAAUUCGCUCUAGGCUAUCUGAAGUUUGGCUUUAAUAGAGAGCCAGGUGGAAUUGUCUACCGCGAAUGGGCUCCUGCUGCACAGGAAGCACAGCUUAUCGGUGACUUCAACGGUUGGGAUGGUUCUAACCACAGAAUGGAGAAGAAUGAAUUUGGUGUUUGGACAAUCAAAAUUCCAGACUCUGGAGGCGAACCUUCAAUUCCUCAUAAUUCUAGGGUCAAAUUCCGCUUUAAGCAUGGCAAUGGAAUAUGGGUUGACCGAGUUCCAGCUUGGAUUAGAUAUGCCACUGUUGAUCCUACUCGGUUUGCAGCAGCAUAUGAUGGAGUUCACUGGGAUCCGCCUCCUUCAGAAAGGUAUGAAUUCAAAUAUCCUCGCCCUCCAAAACCUUCAGCUCCGCGUAUAUACGAGGCUCAUGUAGGAAUGAGUAGUUCAGAACCGCGUGUAGGCACAUACAGAGAAUUCGCCGACAAUGUGCUGCCUCGGAUUAAAGCGAACAACUACAACACAGUUCAAUUAAUGGCUAUUAUGGAACAUUCAUACUAUGCAUCGUUUGGAUAUCAUGUCACAAAUUUUUUUGCUGUUAGUAGCAGAUCGGGAACACCAGAGGACCUCAAAUACUUGAUUGACAAAGCACACAGCUUAGGGCUGUGUGUUCUAAUGGAUGUUGUCCAUAGCCAUGCGAGCAAUAAUGUCACAGAUGGCCUUAAUGGGUUCGAUGUGGGACAAAGCACCCAAGAGUCCUAUUUCCAUACAGGGGAAAGGGGUUACCACAAGCUAUGGGAUAGCCGAUUGUUCAAUUAUGGUAACUGGGAAGUCUUGCGAUUUCUUUUAUCCAACUUGAGGUGGUGGUUAGAUGAGUUCAAGUUUGAUGGUUUUCGAUUCGAUGGGGUUACUUCUAUGUUGUAUCACCAUCAUGGUAUCAACAUGGCAUUCAGCGGAACUUAUGGAGAAUAUUUUAGUGAAGCGACAGAUGUGGAUGCUAUCGUUUACAUGAUGCUAGCAAAUUAUUUGAUUCAUAGCCUUUUGCCAGAUACCACUGUUGUUGCUGAAGAUGUUUCAGGUAUGCCAGCUUUGUGUAGGCCAGUUUAUGAAGGUGCGGUGGGCUUCGACUAUCGCUUAGCAAUGGCUAUUCCUGAUAAAUGGAUUGACUACUUGAAGAAUAAAACAGAUGAUGAUUGGUCAAUGAAAGAGAUUGUGUGGAGUUUAACAAACAGGAGAUACAGUGAAAAGUGUGUAGCUUAUGCAGAGAGUCAUGACCAGGCUAUUGUGGGAGAUAAGACAAUUACCUUCUUGUUGAUGGAUAAAGAGAUGUAUUCUGGCAUGUCGGAUUUACAACCUGCUUCCCCCAUAGUGGAAAGAGGGAUUGCACUUCACAAGAUGAUUCACUUCAUAACCAUGGCGCUGGGGGGUGAAGGCUACCUGAAUUUCAUGGGAAAUGAGUUUGGUCAUCCUGAGUGGAUCGACUUUCCAAGAGAAGGCAAUGAUUGGAGUUAUGAUAAAUGUAGACGGCAGUGGAACCUUGUCGACACUGAUCACCUCAGAUACAAGUAUAUGAAUGCAUUUGAUAGAGCAAUGAAUUUGCUCGAUGAUAAAUUCUCGUUCCUUGCAUCAACAAAGCAGAUUGUGAGCAGCACUAAUGAAGAGGACAAGGUAAUUGUCUUCGAACGUGGAGACUUGGUUUUCGUGUUCAAUUUCCAUCCUGAAAACACCUAUGAGGGGUAUAAAGUUGGUUGCGACUUACCUGGAAAAUAUCGAGUUGCACUGGAUAGUGAUGCUUUGGAUUUUGGUGGACAUGGAAGAGUCGGUCACGAUGCAGACCAUUUCACAACCCCUGAGGGCAUUCCGGGAGUACCGGAAUCGAAUUUCAAUAACCGCCCUAACUCAUUCAAAGUUCUAUCCCCUGCACGCACUUGCGUGGUGUAUUACAGGGUCGAGGAAGAGGCCGAAACCCUCAAUGAAGAGAUGACCGAGGAAAAGGAGGCGGCUGCUGCGACCCAGGUGGAGAUAGAGGAGGCUGCUAUUCAGGCAGUUGGGGUUAUAGUUCCGAUGGGGAUCAGCGAUGAGGAUGAAUUAGAAGGGACAGGAGAUUCAGCAGAUGAUGACCAAUUUUUGCGACGAAAACAGUCAUGCAGAUGCAUUUGCUGAGCUUUUGAUUAGGCAAUGCUUGUAUAGGAAUAGCUUAGAUUGCGUAUAUUUUCAGGCAAGAAUAAGUGUGGUCUUAUGCCUCACACAUCUCUGCAGUGGUUGCUGCAGGUGUUGUUAGCUGUGUAUAUAUGUCUGUUCUACUUUACUGAAAUAUGCAGGUUUCACCACUUUACUGUGGAUGUAGCAAGAUUGUGGUAGAUUUACAAGUUGUGUUCGACAAUCGUGUUAGUCGUGUUAUUUGAUUAUCAUGUUGAUUUCUAAA